AUCUGGGAAUAACAUUAGGCAAAGUUCAAUUUGAUACCGUGCUCAGGGACACUUUAUCGGCCUUGCGAGCCGAGCGGCGGGGGUAUUUGUGACACUGUUUACGCAGGAAGGAUCGCGUUCCAGUGGUUUAUGCGAUACAUGUCUGGCAGGGAACUCAACUAGCAGUAGCAAUUUCUGGACACCCUCAACUUUUUUAUAAGAGAGAACAGAGAUGUGCUCGCAACAACAUCGCUGCUAAAGUUCACUGUGUGUUUGGAACACCAUAUCGUUCAUCUAUUGGUGGAAGGAGAAAUCAAUGUUCAGUACACACAGAGAGUACGUAUACACGGGACGCGAUAAUUUUCAUGUGUGAGGGAUUACCAUUAUUAAUGCGCUAGCUCGUUAACUGUAGCCGUGCCAGUCGGCAGUGUACAAAGCCUCACGAGUGGCCGUGAUACCCUCAAGCGGUCGGUAAAGCACUGUUGAGGAGACUUGGCACGCGGAGGGGCUUUUCAAUUGCUGUGUUAUGAUCGGCGACGGAAGAGAGGGAGAGAGAGCAGGCACACACACGGACAGUUUCCCAGGCGAGUUGCUUUUUUGGAAUUCAAGCUAAUAGCCAUGAAUAGAUCGACUGUUGUGAUGUGGAUGAGAAGGGUAUAAUAUAACCUCAAUGACCGCCCGUCUCGAUGUCAGGAUAUAAUAGUUCAUAAACAGAAAACUUUACACUUUUUGGGACAACAACAUGGCAGGAGUCGGACUGUUACAGAUUGUGUGUUUCGUCAGCCUAGCUGCUAGUGGUGUGUAUACAUUGGAACAGCGUCAGAAUCAAUGUCAGCGGAUUACCAUCCCCAUGUGUGUGGAUAUCGGUUAUAACAUGACGAGAAUGCCCAACUACUUCGGGCACGAUACACAGAAGGAGGCUGCUCCUCGCAUUCAUGAAUUCUCACCUCUUGUCACCUACGGAUGUGCCGAGCAUCUCAGGUUCUUCUUGUGUUCUCUCUACGCUCCCAUGUGCUCUCCACAGGUUGACAUACCCAUCCCUGCUUGCCGUCCUAUGUGCGAGGAGGUGAGGGACAAGUGUGCCCCUGUCAUGGAGAGUUUUGGAAUAUCGUGGCCGGUAGCUUUGGAUUGUGCCUCCUUACCACGUGGAAAGGAGAGGGAUGACUUAUGCAUGGUGGCGCCCAACAUGUCCGGCACCGAAGGAGGGGAGGGCACCGCAUACCCAGAAGGAGAGUACAAUCCACCCGGAGGAGGACGAUACCCUCAGCCUACACCCCCGGCCAAGCCGCCAAAUAACACCCACAAUCGGCGGUGCCAGAAUCACGAGAGAUUCGUCUACCUGCCCCAAACCAAGUCGUGCGUGCCUCGCUGCGAUCGGGACGUAUACUUCCAGCAGUCCGACAAGACAUUCGCCGAGUUGUGGAUGGGAAUAUGGUCCAUCCUUUGCUUCGUCGGGACGGCUGUGACAGUCCUCACAUUUCUAAUUGAUAGGGGGAGAUUUAGGUAUCCCGAGAGACCCAUUAUAUUCUUAUCCAUGUGCUAUAAUAUGUAUUCCAUCUCGUACAUCAUUCGGUUGAUAGCGGGACCACGAGCUAUAGCAUGUGGCCAUACUACAGGGGAUGAAUACUAUCUAAUCCAAGAGGGUUUAGAGAGCACUGGAUGUACAGUGGUCUUCCUCAUCCAGUAUUAUUUCUACAUGGCCAGCUCCAUUUGGUGGGUGAUCCUCACCCUGACGUGGUUCCUCGCUGCUGGGAUGAAGUGGGGCUACGAGGCAAUUGCAGCUUACAGCAGCUACUAUCACCUUGCUGCUUGGGCCAUCCCAGCCCUCAAGACUAUCAUUGUGUUGACGCUACGCCGCAUGGACGGUGACGAACUAACUGGGAUGUGCUUCGUGGGCAACCAAGACUCAAAGGCACUAGCCGGCUUCGUCAUAGCUCCUCUGUUCGUCUACUUUGCAGUUGGGACCCUCUUCAUCCUCGCUGGAUUCUUCUACAUGUUCCGGAUCCGGAAGGUGAUGAAGAGCGGUGGUACCAACAUUGACAAGUUAGAGAAACUCAUGGUGCGGAUUGGGGUCUUCUCCGUCCUCUACACCGUUCCAGCAACGUCAGUGAUAGCUUGUUACUUCUAUCAGAGAGCCAACUUGGAACUGUGGGAACUAGCAGCCACUCACGCCAACCCCUGCCAGCCAAACGGUGAUUGUGCCAUGGGGUUCUCCAUACCGUCAGUACCCGUCCUCCUGGUGAAAACAUUCAUGCUUCUCGUUGUCGGAAUCACCAGCGGUAUGUGGAUAUGGAGCACUAAAACUGUCCAGUCUUGGGAGGCCUUCCUCGGGCGGAUUUUCGGUACCGAUGGCCACAGAAAACAAUCCAGUACUGUACCGACCUACCCGCCUGCCAUUGCCGGACAAGUCAACCCUACCCCAGGAAUAGGGGUGAAGUAUGGCAGAACUCCUAAUCCAGCUAAUAAAGCACAUAGUAUUGCGUACACAAACCUGGAAGGUGGUGGACAAGCCAUUGUUUAGUUUGUUGAGAAAACUUUGUACAAACCAAUAACUCACUUGCACAAGGGAAACUACGCAGAUUUUGUAUAUAAUUAUUUUAAUAUGUUGUAUGUUUGGCGAGGCUGUUUCACUUCAUUUGUCAGGCAAUUGUACAAAUUUUUGCAUUUUAUAAGGUUAUUCGGCGAAAUAAACACAACAAUCGGGGAUGUGUAGCCCAAAAUUUA